CUUGGCCAUACUCUCCCACUUGCGUCUUCCAGGCCUCUACCGAUACAAAUCAAGACUUCAUUGCACGCCCGCCAUCAUGGCCGCAUCACAAUCCGCCGCCGCAGCUUCCCUGCUCAAGAGACAGCUGAAAGAGAUCCAGGCUAGUAAGGACUUGCCAGGCAUCUCUUGCGGUCUGGUUAGCGACAGCAACAUGCUGGAGUGGGAGGUUAUGCUUAUGAUCAAUGAUGAUUGCAAAUAUUACGGAGGCGGCAACUUUCGCGCCCGACUCGUCUUCCCACCGACAUAUCCUCUGAUGCCGCCCUCGCUGACCUUCCAAGACCCGAUCCCCUUCCACCCUAACAUUUAUGAAAACGGCACGCUCUGUAUCUCGAUUUUACAUCCACCAGAAGAGGACCAGUAUGGCUACGAAGCAGCGUCAGAACGCUGGAGUCCCGUGCAGACACCAGAGACCAUCCUGGUGAGCACGCUGAGUCUCUUCCACAGCCCAAACGACGAGAGUCCAGCCAAUGUGGAAGCUGCUAGAAUGUUGCGUGAGGAGAAGGAGGGCAAGCACAAAGAUUUCCGCAAGAGAGUUCGCAAGUGUGUACGUGAGAGUCUGGGAGAGGACUGAACGCGGCUGUCACGUUUAUACUUUGAAAGGAAGACGUAGCCACGCGCUAGGGCACUUGUGGACUGUGUGAUACGUGGCAACCAAGGCGUUUUGUAUCAUCUUAAUAGGUGAGAAAGGGAAACGUAUGGAUAUUUGCAUGGAGCUGGCGCAUUACUAUUCGGAUGGCGUGUUUGGCUCGUCAACCAUGGAUGGGGGUUUAAGCGGGCAUCGUUCUUGCUGGUCUCAAAUUGCACGGGGACAAAAUACAAGAGGCGCGUAUAUUAGUAUGAUAUAAUGAAUUAUUUCUUUUUUACAGGACUAUGUCUACUCAAGAUCCAUGAGCUUUGGAACCACACUCGUCCACUGCUCGUCCCAUCGUAGGCUACCUUCCUUGACUGCACCUUGUUUGAGGGUUGACAGCUCCUUGGCACCCUCGUCACUAAGCAGCCUUCUAAAGAUCGCAGUAAGCUCAUUUGCGUUGACAAAACCGCAUCCGUUUUGGCCCUCUUUAACCAGCUCGCCGAAGCUCUCAAAGUCUGAGUAGGCUGCGACGGGCAAACCAGCUCCGAACAUGUCGACCACCUUCAUGGGGAGAUCAACGCCGGAAGACGACUUGUGGAGAGAGAUGCCUAGAUCUGAGGCAGCAAGUAGGCCUGCAUAAUCACGGUUAGACAACCAUGCCGUUGUGACCUGGAUACCGGGGAGCUUGCCCGCCUCCGUUAAUUCCUUAAUCUUGGCAAGAUAGGCCUCUUUCUGGGGGCCCUUUCCGGUGAUAAUGGCGAGAAUGGGGACUGGAAAAUCCUUCUUCUCAGCGACUACUUCAGGAAUAGCGUAGGCCAUGAGAGCAUCCAGGAGCAUGCCAAAGUCUUCGUCGGCAGUCCAUGACGUGCUGCUGACAAUCAGACGCACGCUGCCGCUGAGGAUAUCCUUGGCCAUUUUUUUGGUUUCGGGGAUGCGCUGGAGAAUGGCCAUGCGGUCGCUAUCGGAUUGGACGGGUUCAAAGAUGGCUGCUGGGCGAUCAUGCAAGGUGCGUAUGGGUCCUUUGAGCUUGUAUUUGGCGCCCUGGAGUUGGGCGGUCAUGGCAUCCGUGACAGCCAGAUUGGCGUUGCCAAGGAACCGUCCAAUGCGCAUCUCAUACCAUCUAUAGAUUGGAACAAAUAGGGAAUAGAGCUUAUUCUGCGCAAGAAUGGUGUGUCCGUAGUUGUGCCAGUCGACGACGAUCUUGCUG